GGUGCUCAUCGCGUCGGCGGCUGCGAGGCCACGGGCCAGCCUGCAGACAAUACGCGUCCCUUGGCCCUGGCUCAAUAAAACUGCUUCACCCUUGCCCCACGAGCGGCUCUCAUCCUCGGUGUCCCAAGUUCAACUGUCCGCGACGAGCUUUCUCUCUAUUUCUCUGGCUGGUCCAUUGCAUUUCUCACGACCGUUGCGACCGCACGCCGACGUCUAUCAAUCACCGCCCACGUUCUCAUCGCACAGCAUCCGCCGCAGCCAUACUACUACCUCUCUCUCCCAGCGGCAACAACCCAUCUUCUUCGUUCCUCUUCCUCUGAUUUCGCCUCGGUCGCCAGGCGCUGCCCUUUUGUUUGUUCGCCUUCCAUUUCGUUCCUCUUUGACAUCUUCCUUCGCAAGCCCGGUGCUUUCACGCAAUCGUUCUAUCGUCUGGCAACGUUUGGCAACACAUUCACUUCUAUCUAUCACCAUGUCUCUCAAAGCCGAGCUCGAGACCUGGGCCGCCGCACUCAAGGCGUACGACGAGGAGGACUUUGACAAGUCCCUCCAGCUCUUCUCCAACAUCGCCGAUUCAUCCAAGAUCCUCACCAACAUGGGACUCAUCUAUGCCACCAUCGGCGAGCACGAGGCUGCCGUCGAGCAGUUCGCCGCUGCGACCCAGCUCGAUCAGUACCUUGCUGUAGCCUACUUCCAAUCCGGCGUCUCCUCCUUCCUCCUAGGCGCCUACCCCGCCGCGCUCCAAGCCUUCGACGACGCCCUCCUCUACAUGCGCGGCAACGCCGACAUCAACUACGCGCAGCUCGGGCUCAAAUUCACCCUGUACGCCGCGGAGGUGCUCUUCAACAAGGGGCUCACGCUCAUCUACAUGAGCCGCGAGGGCUACCGCGAGGACGGGCGCGUCGGCGGGCGCGCGGGCGGCGAUGGGGGGCGGGGCGAGCUGGAGGGGAUGGCGGUGCUCGAGGAGGCGAGGAGGGAGGCGAGGACGGAGGAGCAUGCGGUUAUUGCGGAUGCGAUUAGGGAUGGCGGGGAUGGGUAUACCGUGUUUAGUAUCCCCGUAGGCGUGCUCUACCGCCCGGCGGAGAAGAAGCUCCAGAACGCAAAAGCGAAAGACUACAUGGGCAAAGCCAAACUCGUCGCGGCGGAGGACGCGUCGGAGGCGUACACCGAGUUCACGGGCGUCGCGCGCAUGCGGAUGGGCCAAGGCCUGAGCCCGACGCGCGGCGAGAACGACCGGCCGCGCUCCCCAAGCGGACUUGGACUCGGACUCGGGAGGGCCAACACCCUCGGGACGCCCGCGGUCCCUCUCAAACGCGACGACGACAUCAUGCCGUCGUUGCAGCGCUCCAAAACGACCAUAAACGUCAGCGCCCCAUCCCCCCGCGCACUCAACCCAAACGCCAUCAGCCCCCGCUCCAACUCGCCCUCCACCGUCUCCCCCGUCCGCUCCCCGCCCACCGUCUCCCCCGUGCGCUCGGCGUCCGCGGGCCCGCGCGCGGGCGCCGGUUCGGGUCUGUCGAGGAGCGCGACGAGUGUUAGGCGGGGCGGGGCGAACGGGCCGGGCCCGGGGCCGGUGCGGGGGUUGAGCGUGCGGAAGCCGGGUUUGAAUGCUUCGUCUGUGAGCGGGAAUGGGAAUGGUGGCGGGAAUGGUGGGAGGGCGGAGGCGAGGGGGCGCGCGAACGCGAAUGAGACGAUGCGCACGACGGAGUUUUAUGAGUCGUAUUUGGAUGGGUACGCCGAGGAGCCUUUGCCGCCUCUGCCACAGCCGCGCCGGGCCAACACCGCUCCCAGUUCCAAUGCGAACUCGGGCUCGAAUGCGAACGCGAACGGGAACGCGAAUGCGAAUGCGGGUCCGGGCGUGCGAAGGGCGAAUACGACGCGCGCGCCGGCGAAUAGCGUGUAUAGCAAUGGGAGCGGGAUGGGUGGAGCGGGUGGGGGCGUGCGGAGGAGGCCGACGAGGAGGCCGACGAUGAGUCGGCGUGUGGUGAGCGAGUAUGAGGAGGACGAGGAGGGGUAUGGGAGUGGGGAGUGGGAGGAGGGACCGGGUGAUUUGAUGAAGAUUCGCGUCAAGCUCCACUAUCAAGACGACGUGCGCGGGAUGGCCUUCACGCCCGACAUGCCGUGGGAAGAGUUUUUGGAGCGGGUGACGGGCAAGUUUGGGAGGGCGCUGGACGGGCUGGGGAUGAAGUUUAAGGAUGAGGAUGGGGGGAAGGUUAGUUUGAAGGAUGGGAUGGAUUAUGAGCUUGCGAUUGAGACGGCGCGGGAGAUGGCGAAGGGGAAGCUUGAGGGGAGGUUGGAGAUUUGGUGUGUUGAUGAGUAGGGGGGUGCUCGUGGUGGUUUUUUUGCUCGUUUUUGUUGAAUCGUUGGGUUUUUUUUUGCGUUGUUGUUGGAUGGGAUUGGACU